AUGGACCAAUCGCUGGUGCAGCCUCAGCUGCGGCUGGACUCUUCCAACACGAAUGCCUCACCCCCAGAAUCUGUGGCCUCACUCACCUCACUCAACUCUCGGGUUGGCCUCAGUACCUCUGCUCUGCCUCCUCGACCCUCUCGGUCCUGUCUGUCCCUGUCACGGGCUAGAACAGAGCCCCACCAACGGUACCGACCUCCGUUCACCUGCACGCCAGAAGCAUUUAAAGACCUCGUCCGCAGAGGCAUCCAGGGCAUCAAGCAUAUCUUUCAGUCUCUAUCCUGCGUCUCUAAGAAGAAGAAGAAGAAGAAGACCAACAUGUCGUCAGAUCCAGCACCGCCCACUAUGGCGAUUACACAGACCCCACCAGUGGAAUCAAUCACCAAUAUUCCUUUGAAGCAUGGCUGGGACGAGGGAGCAUUCACUUCCGAGCUGUUGAAGCAAUCCAUUGUACCACGAGAUAUUUCUGCUGCCGACACAGACAGAAAGAUCACUCCUCCAACAGCAGUCGGGAAGCCUCCUCCUCUCCAGGAAGGCACCUAUCGAGGAACCAAGUUGGCCCUGACUCAAAUGAUGAAGCGCAUCGAAACAAGAUUUGAAUCCUUUUUCGACGUAGCCGGAUUUGAGACCAGCGUUCCAUUGGGCCUCGCUGUCAAUCCCAAAGACCUAUACACCUUUCAGAAGUCCGGGAGUGACAAUUACCCACCGCAUCUGGAUGUCAUUCCUAAGGUGGACCAGGUCGACUUGCUCAAGAUUUUCGACUUCAUGAGGCUUCUUGAUACCGGCACCCUGGUGGGGACGCUCAUUCCAGACAAGAUCCUUGACUUCAUUCACGAUCAUCCGGAGGGGCCCACGGUGGACGCAAUCGAGGCACGCAACAACAAACUCCACCAGGACAAGGAAGACAUCUUUGACGAGGAGAAUAUUGGGAAUCGUUCUGACUGGUGGACGGAUGCCGUAUUUGCUGAACAGCAAUUUGUCGGCACAAACCCAACCACCAUCCAACAGGCAUCGGCAGAAUGGGUCAAGGCCUUUACCGAUGCCGCCCAGUCAAAUAGCGAAAUGCACAGCCUCCUGUCGAGUGGAAGCCCCGAGUCCUUCUAUGUGCAAGAUUGCAGCUACUUCCGAACGGCUGUUGGGGCAGAUCAGCAAGCAGACAUGAUUUCGAAUGACGGAAUGAGACGUCUGUGUGCCUCUGUGACGCUGUUUCAACUCACGGAUGCGGGUGUCCUUCACCCACUUGCAAUAGCAGUUGACUACAAAGGUAGCCUCGCCAACUCUGUGGUCAUAUUCAAUAAGAGGUCCACCCCAUCGGGCACAGAAUUCAAGGAAGACUGGCCGUGGCGGUAUGCAAAGACAUGCGCGCAGGUCUCUGACUGGUUGAGACACGAAGUCACAGUUCAUUUGGUAAAUACCCACCUAGUGGAGGAAGUCACCAUUGUGGCAGCACAUCGUGCCUUUGCGCCAGAUCAUGCGGUGUAUCGCCUUCUCCAGCCUCAUUGGCUCAAGACCUUGUCUGUCAACGCGGCAGCUCGGGCUACCCUCGUCCCAAACAUCAUCACUAAGAUAGUGGGUGUCACGGAUCCCCAACUUUAUUCUUUCGUCAAAGACGCGUACAAGCGGUUCGACUGGACAGGCCAUUACGUGCCGAACGAUCUGACGACGAGAGGCUUCCCUCCGAGUGAACUGGCCAACAACCCGAAGUUCCACAACUAUGCUUAUGCUCGCAAUAUGAUACUCAUGUGGCAGAUCCUCCGCAAGUUCGUGUCGGCGGUUCUUGCCAUCGACAUUCACUCCGAUGAGCAGGUGGCGAAGGAUGAGCAGAUUGAGAACUGGACCAAGGAGAUGCAAAGCGACGUUGGAGGACAGUUGAAGUCCUUUCCCGUGAUCAAGACUUUGGACGAGCUGGUCGAUGCUGUCACGAUGUGCAUCCACAUUGCCUCACCACAACACACUGCCAUCAAUUAUCUCCAAGCAUAUUAUCAGACAUUCGUUAUCAGUAAGCCCUCGGCUCUGUUCUCCCCGUUGCCGAAGAGUCUCAGCGACCUCAAGACAUACCAGGAGAAAGACUUGGUUGCGGCAUAUCCGGUCAACCACGCACGCGAAUGGCUUCUAGCAUCCCAUGUCCCCUAUCUCCUCAGUUACCGGGUGGCCGAGGAACAAAAUAUGCUUAAUUUUGCCCUCUCCACGGCCAAGCUUGCUUCACUGAACGGGCAGACGGCGCUUGCCGCCGCAGGUGCACAGCUUUAUGCGGAUUUGAUGGAUUUGGCGGCCGUCUUUGACAAGAAUAGCAAAGACAUGGAUGACCAGACGAAGCCGUACCGUGUGAUGGACCCCAAGUCCACGGCCGUCUCGAUUCUGUUGUAA